GUGGAUUUUGCAGGGUUGCCUUGCAGCCCAAUUUCGAUAACAAUCGAUUGAUAAAAACAGCUGCAUCUCCAUUUUUGCAUAACAAAUCAAAGAAAUUAAGUAAUUUAUUGACCAGCGACUACAAGAAGUAGCAUAAGAAGCGGGAAACGUCCAGGCUAAGGCAAGCGCAGCACACACAUUGAGAGAAGGGCAGAAAUUCGUGUGUUUCGAUUGUAGGAAUGGGCCAGUACACAGUGUCAACGCGAAAGAAUGUACGAAUAUUGCUGGUCGGCGAUGCCGGGGUGGGCAAAACGUCCCUAAUAUUGUCGCUGGUGAGCGAGGAGUAUCCGGAGGAGGUGCCGCCGCGUGCCGAGGAGAUCACAAUCCCGGCCAAUGUCACGCCCGAGCAGGUGCCCACUAGCAUAGUGGACUUUUCGAGCGUCGAACAGACGGAGGAAACCCUCGGCCUGGAGAUAAACAAAGCACAUGUAGUGUGCAUUGUGUACGCAGUGGAUGACGAUGACUCCCUGGAUCGCAUCACCUCGCACUGGCUGCCGUUAAUACGUUCAAAGUGCAAUGCGACACUGGAGGGCGAUGCCGAGACUGAGGCGGAGACAGAGGCUGCCGGCGAAGGUCUGCGCAAGCCAAUUGUUCUGGUGGGCAAUAAGAUCGAUUUGAUCGAUUACUCAACGAUGGACAGUGUGCUGGCCAUCAUGGAGGACUUUCCAGAGAUUGAGAGCUGUGUUGAGUGCUCGGCCAAGACGUUGCACAACAUUUCCGAAAUGUUUUACUACGCACAGAAGGCGGUGCUGCAUCCCACAUCGCCCCUCUACAUGAUGGAAGACCAAGAGCUGACGCCCGCCUGCAAGAAGUCGCUGGUGCGCAUUUUCAAGAUAUGCGAUAUCGAUGGCGACAAUCUGCUGAAUGAUUACGAGCUGAACCUAUUCCAACGGCGCUGCUUCAACACACCGCUGCAGCCGCAGAUACUCGACGAGGUGAAGGCCGUCAUACAGAAGAACGUGGCCGAUGGCAUCUACAACGAUGCCGUGACGCUCAAGGGCUUCCUAUUCCUCCACUGUCUGUUCAUACAGCGUGGACGCAACGAGACCACCUGGGCCGUGCUACGACGCUUUGGCUACAACGAUCAAUUGGAGAUGUGCCAGGAGUAUUUGCGGCCGCCGCUAAAGAUUCCCCCAGGCAGCAGCACAGAGCUCUCGCAUCGCGGCCAGCAGUUUUUGAUUUCCGUCUUUGAGCGGUACGAUCGCGACUGUGACGGUGCUUUGUCGCCCGAGGAGCACAAAAUGCUGUUCAGCGUGUGUCCAUCGUCGCCUUGGUCGUACUCCACGGACAUACGCAAGUCAUGUCCCAUCAAUGACAAGGGUUGGGUCACUUUGCAUGGCUGGCUGUGCCGUUGGACUCUGAUGACGCUAAUCGAUGUGGUCAAGACCAUGGAAUACCUCGCCUAUCUGGGCUUCAAUGUCCACGAGAACGACAGUCAGCUGGCGGCCAUUCAUGUGACACGCGAACGUCGCAUCGAUCUGGCCAAGCGGCAGAGCAGCCGUUCCGUUUACAAGUGUCACGUCAUCGGCCCCAAUGGUUCGGGCAAGACGGGUCUGUGUCGCGGAUUUCUCGUCGACGAGAUGCAGAAACUGAUUGGCAAGGAAUUCAAAACGAAUAUCGUGCACUGCAUCAACUCGGUUCAGGUGUAUGGCCAGGAGAAGCACUUGAUAUUGCGCGACAUCGAUGUGAGGCAUGCUCUGGAUCCGCUGCAGCCGCAGGAGGUCAACUGUGAUGUGGCCUGCCUCGUCUACGACUCGUCCAAUCCUCGUUCCUUUGAGUAUGUGGCCCGCAUCUACAUCAAGUACUAUGCGGAGGGCAAGAUCCCAGUGAUGAUUGUGGGCACCAAGUGCGACAUGGAUGAGCGCCGUCAGGACUAUCUCAUGCAGCCCGCCGACUUUUGUGCGAAAUACAAACUCCUACCGCCGCAUCUCUUCAGCCUAAGGACUAACAAAAAGGAACUGUACACAAAACUUGCCACCAUGGCCGCUUUUCCGCGAUUCCAAGACGCCUGGAUACUGUUCUACAAGCACAGGUUGGUACAGCUUUGGGAGUCGGCACACUUGCGGCAUUUCGGACUCUUGACGGAGGAUAGCAAGCUGCUGUGGAAGGCCGGUCUGGGCGUUGCAGCUGCCACAAUGCUCGGUUUCAUUGUGCUGAAGACCCUCAGUGCUGCCGGCUCGCAUUCGCGCUAGAAGGAGGCCAGGCAAAAACCACACAGGACACAUUAAGAAACUGCGCAAAAUACACAGCCCCACACACAAAGAAAAACCGACACAAAAGGAGUUCAAUGUUUAAUGAAAUUUAUGUUAAAUCCAAAUUUAUUGUUACGUACCAAUGAAGAAUAGUGGCACUAAACGAUGAAAGGUU